GGACGAACGUCUGGGGGUUUUUGCUCUUCUUCUCUCUCAAGCUUUGAUUUGAAUCGCAGGAAGAUUGAGAAGGAGAGGCUCUAAUGAUGAUGAGAAAGAUACAGCUACCGUUUACCCAGACGCAGAAGGUCAGGUACGAGAGAGCAAUCGAGCGGCUACAAUCACUCUCAUCGACGGUAAACUCCGACGCAUCUGUUAUCGUCACGGACACCAUUCCCGUCAACCACGAAGACGCCUUCCUCAAGGGACACGGAACUUCCGAGGUCGACGGCGAGCUGCUCGCGACGGUCUGUGGAGUUGUUGAGCGCGUGGAUAAGCUCGUCUAUGUACGCACCUUACGCGCCAGGUACAAGCCUGAGGUUGGUGAUAUCGUAGUAGGCCGUGUCAUUGAGGUUGCUCAAAAACGUUGGAGAGUAGAGCUAAACUUUACUCAGGAUGGUGUACUAAUGCUUUCUUCCAUGAACAUGCCCGAUGGUAGUCAGAGGCGAAGAACGUCUGUAGAUGAACUCAACAUGCGGAACAUCUUUGUAGAACAUGAUGUCGUUUGUGCCGAAGUACGCAGCAUUCAGCAUGAUGGGAGCUUGCAGUUACACGCACGAAGUCAGAAGUAUGGAAAGCUUGAGAAGGGACAGCUUCUCAAGGUUGAUCCUUACUUGGUCAAGAGAAGCAAACAUCACUUCCAUUACAUAGAAAGCCUUGGCAUCGAUUUGAUCAUCGGCUGCAAUGGCUUCAUAUGGGUGGGGGAACACGUCGAGGUCAGAGAUCCUGUGAUGAUGAUAGAUGGUCAAAAGGAUGAUGAGAUGAUCUCUUCCUCCUCCUCCACCAAAGAGCAGAGCCACACUCCACUCGAGACUCGACAAAACAUAUGCAGAAUCGGGAAUGCCAUACGCGUCUUAUCCAACCUAGGCUUCACCGUGACUGUACAAGUGAUCACGGAGACUGUUAACCUCAGCAACUCAAAGAAUGUCGACAUACACGAGAUGCUCUGUUCAGAGUUUCACGUUUUGGUAGCAGAGAAUGAAGCUGAAAGAAGACGUGAAAAGAGGAAAAAGUGAAAAUCUCCCAUUGAAGUGCUUGAGACUUUUUGUUGUUGCAGAUUCAACCGAGACUUGUAACGUGUGUUAGGUCACGUGGGCUUGUUUUUUGACUCAACAAAGCUCCAAUUUUAAAUCUCACUUUAAAAAAAAAAAA